AGCCCGAAGCGCCUCUCCCCGCCCCGUGCAUGCGCAGCAGCCGCUUCCCGGAGCCGGGCGGGGUAAGAUGGCGGCCGCGCUGAGUGCGGCGGCCCUGCUCUUGGGCUGCUGCGGCGCGGCGCUCGCCAGCGGCGUCCAGGAUCAAGCAGAACAGUUCUUUAGAAGUGGACAUACAAAUAACUGGGCAGUUUUGGUGUGCACAUCUCGAUUCUGGUUUAAUUACCGUCACGUGGCAAACACUCUUUCAGUAUACAGAAGUGUGAAGAGACUGGGCAUUCCUGAUAGUCACAUUGUCCUGAUGCUGGCAGAUGAUAUGGCGUGUAAUCCCAGAAAUCCCAAACCAGCUACUGUGUUUAGUCAUAAAAACAUGGAGCUAAAUGUAUAUGGAGAUGAUGUGGAAGUAGAUUACAGAAGCUAUGAGGUUACUGUGGAAAAUUUUUUGCGUGUAUUAACAGGAAGAAUUCCACCAAGCACACCUCGAUCCAAACGUCUUCUUUCUGAUGACAGAAGCAAUAUUCUGAUAUAUAUGACAGGCCAUGGUGGAAAUGGUUUCCUAAAAUUUCAAGAUUCAGAAGAAAUCACAAAUGUAGAACUUGCUGAUGCUUUUGAACAAAUGUGGCAGAAAAGAAGGUACAACGAAUUGUUAUUUAUUAUUGAUACUUGUCAAGGAGCAUCCAUGUAUGAACGAUUUUAUUCACCUAAUAUAAUGGCCUUGGCUAGCAGCCAAGUAGGAGAAGAUUCUUUAUCACAUCAACCUGAUCUUGGGAUUGGCGUUCAUCUUAUGGACAGAUACACAUUCUACGUGCUGGAGUUCUUGGAAGAAAUUCAUCCAGCCAGUCAGACAAAUAUGAACGACCUAGGUGAAGCUGAGCUGGAAAGUGAGCUGAAGCUGAAGCCUCCCUGGACUUACAGGCUUAGACUUCAGUUUCAGGUCUGUCCAAAAAGUUUGUGUGUUUCCACACCUGGACACCGAACCGAUCUCUUUCAGCGAGACCCUCAAAAUGUUCUCAUAACAGACUUCUUUGGCAGUGUAAGAAAGGUGGAAAUUACAACAGAGACAAUUUCUUUGGACCGUGACUUAGCUGGCUUUGAAAAUGAGCUUCCAAAGGAUGAAUUGGCAACAGAACCGCUAAAAUAUGCUGAUCAACUUCCUGUUGCUCAGAUAAUACACCAGAAGCCAAAACAAAAGGACUGGCAUCCUCCUGGAGGAUUUAUUCUAGGACUCUGGGCAUUGAUUAUCAUGGUUUUCUUCAAAACAUAUGGAAUCAAGCACAUGAAACACAUCUUCUGAAUCUGAGCAAGCAAGAUGAUUGCGUUGACUGCUUCUUUGGAUUCCCUGGUGUCAUUUGAGUUCCCUGUAUGUGUAUUAUGGUUGUAGCGAAAACAGUGUUGCAAUCUCACUUCAAAUGUUGUUUUGAAGUUAUGUCUUCUCUUCCUUUUUCUGAAAAGAGUCUCACAGGUGGUUAUAAAAUGAGACAUUUUUUUAAGUUUGUUUUAAGCAUAUUUUAAUGCUUUUUUGAGCUUAUCUUUCCAGUUAAUUUAAAAAGAAGGGGACUUAAAUAUCUUAACAGAAUUCUAAGGUUGACUAUGAAAUGUGAAUGGGCAAAUUCGUUCCCCCAUACUUAUAAGUAAAUCUUAAAAGAGUCAUCCUAUCACUGAAGAACUAGACAGUUUGCAGAACAUUAUUUAGGAUGUCAUUUUAUCAAUAAAAGCUUAAUCCACUUUGCAGACUUUAGCAUGAUGUAUUGAAACCUUUCUUCAGAAAAACAAAAAAUACAAGAAAUACUCUAGAAAGAUAUUGAUUUUUUUUUUCCUGCUCUGUUAAAUACAACCCUAAGAACAGUCCUUUCACCUUUAGGCAAUUUUGGAUUUAGGAUUCUAUGAACUGGUGAAAGUGAAACAAAAAUACAUGAUAACCUCACUGAAACUACUUCAUAAAAUGCUGAAAAGGGUGAAACUGCAACUACACCAUGUCCAUUAGGAACCCUUUAUAGAUGUCUUUACACUCCGUAUGAUCCAGAGUUGGCCUCUUUCAGGGUUUUUUGCACUGGAUUUUUGCACAGAGCAAAACUGACUCUAGCAUCAGGAUGAAAAAUGUUAUCAGUUGUACUAUUGUAUUCUGUAAUGUCUGAGCACUUGGAAAUGAGGUUUAUUGUUUAGGUCUUGUAAAUUCUGUUCUGGCAUAUUGAUUUGUUCUUCUUGGAUGUGUAAUGAUGAAUGCAUGCUAAAUGCAUUUUGUCUGUAUAAUAAACCGAUAAUAGAGAAGAGAACAAAUUUCUGCAUGUAUGGAAACAAUGAGGUUGUCAACUAGGUGAUGCUCUUGCGGUGUGCUUUGGAGUCUGUUCUCUAUCCUGAUCAUAAUAAAGCUGAUGCAUACAUGGUC